AUGUCUACACCACUCUCUACCAAAAAAGCUCUGCGUCGUGAAAUAGCCGCCAAGCUUUGUGGUCUAAGCAAGAAUGCUAUCCAUUUGCAAUCUCAGAGACUGUGUGCUCGUCUUGCAACUGCAUCUUGGUUGCAAGCUACCGAUCACGUGACUGAAAGUCAAGCAAAGAUGAUAGGCUCCACAGAAUCUUCUCUCCAUAUAGGUUCGUAUAUGGCAAUGCCUGUCGAAGCUAACCUUGCAUCAUUACAUAUGGCAUUGCUGACUUCUGGAUGUGUACUUCAUUUACCACGCUGUGAAGGCCGUAAACUACAUUGGGGAAGCGUGAAAAACGUGACCGAGCUACAGUCGUUGACACCACGUGGACGUUAUGGGAUCUGUGAACCUAAGACAGCUAUGGAACAUGUACCAUUAGAUAUUGUACUAGUUCCAGGUGUAGCAUUUACUAUAAAAGGUGCACGUCUUGGUCAUGGGGCUGGCUACUAUGAUUCUUGGCUUAAUGACUAUCUUGCACGACAUGGUUCAUUACCAUUAUUAGUAGGUGUUGCGUUAGCUGAACAGCUUGUAGCACAACUGCCACAGGAGCCACAUGACGUGCGUAUGGACUAUGUAGUCACUGGAGAUGGUAAGCUAUAUGAUUGUAAGGCCAUUAAGUAG